CUUAGCGCCCUCUACCAGAAGGGUGCGGUGUGCACAGGUGGUUCUUUUUUGUUUGUUUUGUUUUGUUUUUGUUUUGUUUUACAAGACAGGGUUUUUCUGUGUAAUAGCUCAGGUUAUCCUGGAACUCACUCUGUAGACCAGGCUGACCUCGAACUCACAGAGAUCCACCUGCCUCUACCUCCCGAGUGCUGGGAUUAAAGGAGUGGUCACCGCCCUGCUAUGGGCUCUACCACCGGUAGAGAGUAGAUGGAGCUGCGCAGGUCCCAGGAAGCUGGAAGCCAUGCGUCUUCGGGAGGUCCGGGACGGCGGAGAGUCCGCGGAGACCAGGACGCUCCACGGGCUUUCCCACGGCACGGCACGGUCUAUCGCCUUGAGGGCUUGAGCUCCGGGAACUGGGGAGCUUAUAGGCAGUUGUAGACGGGGAGGGAUCACUCUUUCUCACCUGCUGUGUGAAUUCUGCUUCUCAAAUGUAAGUGAAGGACCUACCACUGCCCAGCCCUGCCUGUGAGACACCUCUCUGAAGGGACACCAGUUGAAGCAGAAACCUAACCAUGCAUCGUGGAGAAUUACUCUUAGUAUUCUUUGUUCUCACUGUUACAAGUGCCUCAAAAGAUUGCAUUAGCCGCCCCCAAGUUCAUGCAAUGGAGGGAGAACCUUUUUAUUUGAAGUUCUGUGAAACAUCUUCACCCGUGUACAAGAAUGAAACAGCCACUAUAAGAUGGUUCAAACAUGAUGCUUUCCAUCAACGUGUGGAGCUGAACACUGAAAGUUCAUCCAGAAUUACUUUCAAUGGUUAUGAUUUGGAAUUCUGGCCAGUUGAGCUGGAGGACAAGGGAACAUACAGUUCCCAAGUGAGAAAUGAUAAUCAAAGUUGGACCCUAACUGUCAUCCAAAGAAAAGAACACAGCUGUUUUUCUGAAAAACUUGUGACAAAUAAAAAAGUGGAAGUCAAGAAAGCUUUGAAAGUAACAUGUGAAAAUCCUAACUACAGUGAGCUGAUCAACCACACAUCACUAUAUAAGAACUGCAAGGAAGUCAUCAAUCCCCCAAUGAUCCAGAAGGAUGCUGAAUUUGGAGAUGCGGGUUAUUACUCUUGUGUGUUUUCUGUCCUUCAUAAUGGGAAACAGUACAACAUCACCAAGACCACCAAUAUAACAGUUAUUCAAGGGAACAGUAAAAUAACUCCGGCUAUUUUGGGACGAAAGUUUGAGACUGUGGAAGUAGAACUAGGAAAAGAUGUGGCACUUAACUGCACCGCUUUACUGAAUGAAAAUGAUAUGUUUUAUUGGAACUUCCUGAGCAACAAUUCAGACCCUAAUGUGCAUGAAGAUGUGAACAAGACAGCUUGGACUUUUGAAGGCAAACUGCAUGCUUAUAAAAUAUUGAGAAUUGGGAAUAUUACUGAAAAAUAUCUCAGUGUUUUAUAUAAUUGCACAGUGGCUAAUGAAGAAGCCACAGACACCAAAAGCUUCAGGUUGGUGAGGAAAGAAAUGGUUGAUAUCCCUGGCCAUGUCUUCAGGAGAGGAAUAUUCGUGGCAGUUUUCAUCUCUGUGGCAGUUGUCUGUGGGGUGAUUUUGUGUGUCAUUUAUAAAGUCGACUUGGUUCUAUUCUAUAGACGCUUGGUGGAAAGAGACGAGACAUUAACAGAUGGCAAAACAUACGAUGCUUUUGUGUCUUACCUGAAAGAGUGCCAUCCCAAGAAUGGAGAAGAAUACACUUUUGCUGUGGAGACGUUACCCAGGGUCCUCGAGAAACAAUUUGGGUAUAAGUUAUGCAUAUUUGAAAGAGAUGUGGUGCCUGGUGGAGCUGUUGUUGAUGAGAUCCAUUCACUGAUAGAGAAAAGCCGGAGGCUCAUCAUCAUCCUCAGCCAAAGCUACCUGACUAACCAGACCAGGCUCGAACUUGAGAGUGGACUCCACGAAGCGCUGGUGGAGAGGAAGAUUAAAAUCAUCUUAAUCGAAUUUACUCCAACCAACAGCUGCACUUUCCUGCCCCCAUCACUGAAGCUCCUAAAGCCUUACAGAGUUCUGAAAUGGAAAGCUGACAAGUCCCGUUCUUACAACUCGAGGUUCUGGAAGAAUCUUCUUUACUUGAUGCCGGCCAAGGCCAUCAAGCCAUGGAGAGAAGAAUCUGAAGCAUUGCCAGUUCUUUCGGAACCUUGAUCUUCAGCAAAGCUGAGUGUCAAAAGGAACUGAGGCACCAUUUGAGGCCGAGCAUGUGCCUUUUCACAACAGGGGCUGUUGUGCGAAAUACUGAAUUCCAUGAUCAUCCCUCCCAUUUGCAGUUAGAAGAUAAGAUUUGUCAUUGGGUCAUAAUAGAUGAAACAAAACCUAAGCUCCCAGAAGACCGUGGGAUUCGCACGAAAUCAUUCUAUUAUUCUUCCUUCCCUUAGAGCAGUGGUUCUCAACCUGUGGGUCCAGAACCCUUUAGCAAACCUCUGUCUUCAAAACUAUUUACAUUAAUGAUUCAUAGCAGUGGCAAAUUUUCAGUUAUGAAGUAGCAAUGAAAAUAAUUUUAUGGUUCGAGGUCGCCACAGAUGAGGAACUAUAUUAAAAGGUCGCAGCUUUAGGAAGGUUAAGAACCACUGCCCUAGAGCUACCUACACACUUAACCCCAUAUUCAGCAAGGGUGGGGGCUAGACACCCAAACUGAUUUAUGCCCAGAACAAGGCAUUUUCUAUGAACCAGCCUUUAUUACAGCUCAAGGCUACACAGCUCCCUACCAGGCUUGGGAGGUGGAUGGAGGUGGUGGGAGAGCCGUAUGCAGACACAGGUAAACAAGGUGGACUUGGCUUCAGGACAAGUUUAGUGUUUCAAGGUAUUUCUUAGAAGUUCAGUGAGACAUCAGUCAAGAUGUCUCACUUCUUAUUUAGACCUUUUAUGAAACCUUUGAAAGGGGAACCUUAAACACCUUUUUAUCAUCCGUGUCAGACAAAGAUUUCAAUUCAGGGAACUCAGUGGCACGUCCAACGUUAGUGGCCUAAGGCUUCUGUUGACUUUAUGUAGGUAUUCAUAUAUAGGAUCAUAUAAGCUAUGAAGCUGCAACAAACAAACAAUAAUUGCUUGUUGUUUAUCAGCUCUUUCAAGUGGGGGGCAGUUCAGCAUGGUGGGUGAGAGUGUGACCUGGCCUUUUCAGCCAAACUUGAGUGACAAUCUUGGGUUUUCUGCUUCUUUUAUGAGUUCUGGACUUUUACCCAACUUCUCAUACUGGAGUUUCCUCAUCUCUAAAAUCAGAGUUGAAAGUAAGUAUUCCUACUUCACAAGGGGACUACCAAGCACUCUGUAAAUGUGGCUCUUCUUGUUGGUGGCAGUAACUGCCCUCAUUCAUGCUUGGCUUCAAGAUUUAACAUUGGAGCAACUGGGAGCCAGAGUUAAGGUGGGAAAACAGGACUGAGGAGGGAAGCUUCUUUGGCUUCAGUAGCAAAUUGAGAGAAGGGCACAGGAGAAGCAUAGCAAAACAACACACACACACACACACAC